AUGAGUGAGGAUUCUAAUCUGCUUAAAGAGAGCACAUCAAUGAAUGAGACCAUGGUGGAAGAGGUUGAAGAAAGAGAUCCAGAAAGCAAUCCACUGAAUGAGCCACUGCUCAAGAGGAACAGGACUUUGUCUUCCAAUCCACUUGCUCUGGUUGGAGCAAAAGUUUCCUACAUAGAAAGCUUGGACUAUGAGAUCAAUGAGAAUGACCUGUUCAAACAAGAUUGGAGGAGCAGAUCAAGAGCUCAAGUGUUGCAAUACAUAUUCUGGAAAUGGACUCUUGCAUUUCUUGUUGGACUUCUCACAGGUGUCAUAGCCACUUUGAUCAAUCUUGCUGUUGAGAACAUUGCAGGGUACAAGCUUCUUGCUGUUGUCAGCUUUAUCCAAAAUGAAAGGUACUUGACGGGUUUCUUUUAUUUCACGGGAAUUAAUUUCAUUUUGACAUUUGUUGCUGCUAUUCUGUGCGUGUGUUUUGCACCCACAGCUGCUGGACCUGGAAUACCUGAAAUCAAAGCUUAUCUUAAUGGGGUUGAUACUCCCAACAUGUAUGGUGCCACAACAUUGAUUGUUAAGAUAAUUGGAAGCAUUGGAGCUGUAUCUGCAGGGCUAGAUUUAGGAAAAGAAGGGCCCUUGGUACACAUUGGUAGCUGUAUUGCUUCUUUACUAGGCCAAGGUGGCCCUGAUAAUUACAGGAUCAAGUGGCGCUGGCUGCGGUAUUUCAACAAUGAUCGUGAUCGUCGCGAUCUCAUCACCUGUGGUGCUUCUUCAGGGGUCUGUGCAGCUUUCAGGGCACCUGUGGGUGGAGUUCUCUUUGCUCUUGAGGAGGUGGCAACUUGGUGGAGAAGUGCUCUCCUCUGGAGAACAUUUUUCAGCACAGCUGUGGUUGUGGUAGUGCUAAGGGCCACCAUUGAACUUUGCCACAAAGGAAAAUGUGGUCUUUUUGGUGAAGGAGGGCUCAUCAUGUUUGAUGUUAGUGAUGUUACUGUGAGAUACAAUGUAAUGGAUAUCAUCCCUGUUGUAAUCAUUGGAGUCCUUGGUGGGGUAUUGGGAAGCCUUUACAACUAUCUUCUCCAUAAAGUCCUCCGUCUCUACAAUCUCAUCAAUCAGAAAGGAAAAAUGUACAAGCUCCUCCUCAGUCUUUCAGUUGCACUCUUCACAUCAAUAUGCCAAUAUGGUCUCCCAUUCCUAGCAAAAUGUACCCCUUGUGAUCCUUCCCUUUCAGAAGUGUGCCCCACCAACGGGCGUUCUGGAAACUUCAAACAAUUCAACUGCCCAAAUGGCUACUACAAUGAUCUUGCUACUCUGCUACUGACCACGAAUGAUGAUGCUGUCAGAAACAUAUUCUCAACCAACACUCCUUUUGAAUACCAACCCUCCUCAAUCCUAAUUUUCUUUGCACUCUAUUGCAUAUUAGGACUAAUCACCUUUGGAAUUGCUGUGCCCUCAGGGCUCUUCCUCCCAAUCAUCCUCAUGGGUUCUGGUUAUGGCCGGCUUCUUGGAAUCUUCAUGAGACCUCAUACAAACAUUGAUCAAGGGCUGUUUGCAGUCCUUGGUGCAGCCUCACUCAUGGCUGGAUCUAUGAGAAUGACUGUGUCCCUUUGUGUGAUCUUCCUUGAACUAACCAACAACCUUCUCCUACUACCAAUAACCAUGAUUGUUCUCCUCAUAGCUAAAACUGUUGGAGACAGCUUCAACCCAAGCAUCUAUGAGAUCAUACUGCACUUGAAAGGUCUCCCUUUCAUGGAUGCAAACCCCGAGCCAUGGAUGAGAGACCUCACUGUGGGAGAGCUUGUUGAUGUGAAGCCAGCAGUGAUUAGCUUCAGAGGAGUAGAAAAGGUAGCCAAUAUAGUCAAUGCCUUGAAAAACACAACACAUAAUGGUUUUCCCGUCAUGGAUUGUGGAGUGGUGCCAACAACAGGAGUGGCCAAUGAGGCUACAGAACUGCAUGGAAUCAUUCUAAGAGCACACCUUAUUCAAGUGCUAAAGAAGAAGUGGUUCUUGAAGGAGAAAAGGAGAACUGAGGACUGGGAAGUGAGAGAGAAAUUUACAUGGGUUGAGCUGGCUGAGAGGGAAGGAAACAUUGAAGAUGUGGCUGUGACUAAAGAAGAAAUGGAGAUGUUUGUUGAUCUACAUCCUCUCACCAAUACAACUCCCUUCACAGUGCUAGAGAGUAUGUCAGUAGCAAAAGCAAUGGUUCUCUUCAGACAACUUGGACUUCGCCAUAUGCUUGUUGUGCCAAAGUAUCAAGCCUCUGGGGUGUCUCCUGUGAUUGGGAUCUUGACCAGGCAGGAUCUACUGGCAUACAACAUUCUGACAGUGUUUCCUCACUUGGUAAAAUCAAAGAGGAAGUGA